AUGGCGGCGUCAGAUUCUUCUAGGCGGCUGUUCCGGGUUUUUGUUACCCGCGUUCCUUGGACAAAGGCAGAAAGGUCGCUAGUGCUGUCUCUAGUAGAUAGCAUAAUUGAAGAAGUUACAGAAUAUUUUGCUCAGUUUGGCUCUGUGAAAAAAUGCGCUCUGCCAUUUGAUAAAGGAACAGGAUUCCACAAAGGUUUAUGCUGGAUUGGAUUUUCUGCAGAAGAAGGGCUUAAAAAUGCUUUGCAGAAAGACUCUCAUAUUCUAGAAGGAGCUAAGCUUGAAGUAAAACAUCAGAAAAGUAGAGGUUUUGCAGGCCAACAUUCAGACAGAAGAACUGCUGACUUCAGUUAAAGGAAGGAGACUUUAUUUCACUGCUAUGUAAAGAAACUAAAAUAAACUUGGAUAUGUAUUCAUCUCA